AUUCCCCGUGCACCGCCUGCUCGACCACGUGAAGUGGUUUAAUUUAGUUUUAAUUUUCGCAUUAGAAAUAACACCUUUUGAUUACAAGUUCCUUUCUUCUUCUGCUUCCCUCUUUCCUCUGCAACUCCGGUUCCUCUUUGCGACUGUGAGACGUUCUUUUAAGCAAUCUAGCCAUGACGGUUCCCAUGGUUGGAGACAACAACGACAACAACAUGACGAUUUCUGCUAUUGGAUUCGAAGGGUAUGAAAAGAGGCUAGAGAUAACGUUCUUUGAGCCUGGUAUUUUUGUUGAUUCUGACGGGAAGGGCCUCCGUGCUUUAUCUAAGGAUCAGUUGGAUGAGAUCCUUGGCCCUGCUGAGUGCACCAUUGUUGACUCUCUUGCGAAUGAAAGUGUAGACUCAUAUGUUCUAUCUGAGUCUAGCCUCUUUGUGUACUCAUACAAGAUCAUCAUUAAAACUUGUGGGACUACGAAGCUGCUCCUUGCAAUCCCACCUAUUUUGAAGUUGGCUGCAAGCCUAUCCCUUGAUAUCAAAGCUGUCCGAUACACUCGUGGCAGUUUUAUUUUCCCAGGAGCUCAGUCUUUCCCUCACCGCAGCUUCUCCGAAGAAGUUGCUGUUCUUGAUGGUUACUUUGGGAAGCUUGCUGCAGGCAGCAAUGCCUUUGUGAUGGGGAAUCCUUCCAAGCCCCAGAAAUGGCAUGUUUACUGUGCAUCCGCCGAAACAACAGCCAGCUAUGAUGACCCUGUUUAUACUCUUGAGAUGUGCAUGACUGGGCUUAACAAGGAGAAAGCUUCAGUGUUCUUCAAAGCUCAAUCUGACUCAGCUGCUGUGAUGACUGAAAGCUCUGGAAUCCGUAAGAUCCUUCCAGACUCAGCGAUUUGUGACUUUGAUUUUGAACCUUGUGGUUAUUCAAUGAACGCUAUUGAAGGACCUGCUGUCUCUACCAUCCACAUAACUCCAGAAGAUGGUUUUAGUUACGCGAGUUUUGAAGCUGUGGGCUAUGACCUUAAGAUGAUUGAUUUGAACCAGCUGGUAGAGAGGGUCCUCGCUUGCUUUGAACCGAGUGAGUUCAGUAUAGCUAUUAAUGCUGAUAUUGCUGCCUAUCCAAUGGAGCAAAACUGUACCGUUAACGCCAACGGUUACAGUCGUGAAGAGGGUGGCAUUGAAGAGCUUAGCUUUGGUGCUUCUGUAUUCUACCAGAAGUUCUGCAAGGCUACAACUAUGAUUGGUUUUACCAAGCCUGCUCUGAAAUGCUGCUGGAAAGAGGAGAAAAAAGAAGAAGAAAUGAAUUAGUACUUCAUUUUAUGUGUUUUUUUUUUUUUUUUUAAAUAAGAGUCCGGUCUUGAACCUGAUUUUAUGGUUAUCUUUUCAGUGUCCCGUGUUGGAAUAUUUUUAUAUUGUUAUAAUUUGAAGUGUAUCCCGGAUUAUGUUAUUAUGCUUUUAUAUGUAUUAAUAUAGUUCGUGAUUUGGUAUAA